GGCUAGAAAAACCAUGUUAAUAAUUGUCUCGCUUAAGAAUAUACAAAGUAAAAUAGCAAUUUUCUACCAAUGAUCGAUCGGAUGACAAUUAACAAGUUAUUAGUAGUACCUUUAAAAAAAAAAAAAAAAGAACGUUAGUAUUACUCUUGGAUUGCAAUUUAUAUUUUUUUUUUAAUUGUUGUAAUUAAUUGACAAAUUUUCAUUUUUUUUUAAAAAAAAGAGAAAAAUUUGAAGCUUGUACGUGUACCAGUGUACGUCUACAAAAUUUCAUGCCUCCUUUAAUUUGACUUAAGACCUAAAUUUUCUCCAAUAGUCCAAUUUCCGCAACAAAAAAAAAAUAAAAAAUAAAAAAAAAGGGAAAAUAAAAAAAAAUUCUCAGUUUUCCCUCCAAUACCAAAACACAGCGCAUCUCAAUUCCUCAUUUCAUUUGUUUCCCCAAAUUCUUCCGAUUCUCCCCUUCUUCAAUUCAUCUAGAACCCUAAUUUUCUCUUAUAAUUAUACCCUAAUUUGCUCAAUUUCUUCUUCCUUUCACUACACUCUCUAAUUACGAUUUAUUCUUCAUUGAUUUCUACAUAAUAUACUUUACUCUGUGUGAAAUUCCUCACUGUUUCUCCUAGCUUAAGCUUUCUCGCAAUUUCACAAUUUCCCCAAAUUGCUGGAGUUAGGGUUUCAAUAAAUGCUGAGAUUCUAUUGCAAUUCCAAUUUUAUUUGGGGAUAAUUUCCUUCUGCUUAUUAUGCUCAGGAUAAGCAGAAGUUAACCCUCUUUUUUAGGGUUUUUCUCUCUCCUUUGAAUUAUUACUAGUCAUUAUUCUUUGUCGAAUUUGUUUGGUACUUUACUUGGUGCUUUCUGAGUUGUUUGGAUCGAAAAUGUCAGAUGAUAUGUUGAUCCAUUUCUCUUCAAACUCAUCUAAUCAGUCUGAUCAAUCCCUGCCCACUAAGAUUGCUAAGCUUGAAGCUCGUUUAGUGGGCAAGGGAUCGAUUUCGGGUUCGGGACCCAGCUCAAUGCCCUUACCUGCCCAAACUGUUUGGCCUUCUGCUGGUUCGUCGAAGUUCGAUGCUGUUGAUAAUGUACCUGAGGCAUCGACUUCUAGUGACUCCGAUGAAGAUAGUGGUGGAGAAUUUCUCAUACAGGCAAACAUUCGGAAGCGCCAAAAACUUCAGGAGGACAAUAAAUCUAUUUUGGAUCAUGCCGAGGUUGACAGUAAUGGAAAGCCAAAGGCUGUGGAAGAUAUGCCCCACAAAUCUGGUGCUGAUACUAACAAGAAAAAACAAGGUCGCGGUAGACCUCAAGGACCGACUGGCCGUGGCCGUGGUUCUAGAUCAAAUGAUCAUCCUAAAACCCAGACAUCACCAUCAGCUGUGUCAUCUGCAAAUGGCCAGAUGGAUAAUUCAAAUUAUAAGGAUAUGAGAAGUCAAGAGUUUUUUGCAAAUGGCAACCACCCUCAGUCCAAGGAUGAUCUAGCUUGCUUGCAAAGUAAGGUUGCCUCUUUGGAAGAGGAGCUGCGCAAAUCACGCGAAGAGGUUUCUAAUUACCAGAAUCAAUGCCAUCAAUUAGGAAAGGAGCUCAAAGAGCACAAAGACUGUGAAGAAAUAAUGAAGCCAAAGCGGACAAAAAUCAUAUCAGAUUUGCUUAUAUCUGUUUCAAAAGCUGAGAGAGAAGAAGCAAGGAUGAAAGUGCGCCAAGAUUCAUUGAGACUCGGCAAUGUCGGAGUGAUAAGGGCAGGAACUGUAAUAUCUGAGACAUGGGAGGAUGGGCAGGCACUAAAGGACAUCACUUCUCACCUUAAACAAUUGUUGGAGGCAAAGGAAACAGUUGAGAGGCAACGGAAAUUAUUGAGAAAACGGCAAUCUGAUAAGAGUGACGGAGGUGACUUGGAGUCGGGUACCCAAGAGGAAGACUAUUUUAUUCAGGAUGAAAUCUAUAAAUCUCGUCUAGCAAGUAUCAAGAGGGAGGAAGAAGUGGUAUUGCGGGAGAGGGACCGUUAUGAGUUGGAUAAGGGUAGGCUUAUACGUGAGAUGAAGCGCAUAAGAGAUGAGGAUGGUUCUCGUUUCAACAAUUUUCCGAUCCUAAAUCGUCGAUAUGCCCUUUUGAAUCUCUUAGGCAAAGGGGGAUUCAGUGAGGUUUACAAGGCUUUUGAUUUGGUAGAUCAUCGGUACGUGGCUUGUAAGCUUCAUGGUCUGAAUGCCCAAUGGAGUGAAGAAAAGAAGCAAAGCUACAUCAGGCAUGCUAUUCGGGAGUACAACAUUCACAAGACUUUGGUACAUAAUAACAUUGUUCGUCUUUGGGAUACCUUUGAGAUUGAUCAGAAUACAUUCUGCACUGUCUUGGAGUUUUGUUCUGGCAAAGAUCUAGAUGCUAUUCUUAAGAUAACACCAGUAUUACCAGAAAAGGAAGCAAGAAUAAUCAUCGUGCAGAUAUUCCAAGGUCUUGUUUACUUGAACAAGAGAGCACAAAAGAUCAUUCAUUAUGAUUUGAAGCCUGGCAAUGUUCUUUUUGAUGAGCUUGGAGUUUCCAAAUUGACAGACUUUGGUCUGAGUAAAAUAGUUGAAAAUGAUGUUGGAUCGCAGGGCAUGGAGCUUACUUCCCAAGGAGCGGGUACCUAUUGGUAUCUGCCGCCUGAGUGCUUUGAGCUUAACAAGAUACCACUCAUAUCCUCAAAGGUAGAUGUUUGGUCAGCCGGUGUUCUGUUUUACCAAAUGCUUUUUGGAAGACGUCCUUUUGGCCAUGAUCAAAGUCAGGAACGAAUUUUACGGGAGGAUACCAUUAUUAAAGCAAAUAAGGUGGACUUCCCUACUAGACCUAGUGUCUCGAGCGAGGCAAAAGAAUUGAUACGUCGUUGUUUAACCUACAAUCAAGCUGAGAGGCCCGAUGUAUUGAGUAUUGCUCUGGAUCCGUAUUUAACAUAUGCAAAGAAGUAAUUGUUAUAACCAAGAAAGUUGUGGAGGAUGUGGCCAAAAGAGAGUUUUUCUGUCGAAUACUAUAUUUCAGACAUCUAAACGGCUGAAGGCUUUUUUGUAUAGAUUGUGCAUAGAAGUUGAGAAUGCGCAAGCCUUCAUUAUUUAGCAUAUUUUUUGGUACUUCAAAAGAAGUUUAGUAAUAGUUACCUAAAGUGAAACUUAUAUUGAUAUUUGUAAAUGUGGAACAGUGGAAGUCUGUUUAUUUCUAAUGAUGUUGGUGGCUUUAUGUUUGUCUAUAGCAAGUUUGGGGAGCUCCCAUUUAUCUUGAUGAUAAACAUGGGGCAUUUAUCUAGUGGCAUUACAGUAAAUAUAUCGAGUUGGAAAGUGUGCUAAA